UUGAGCUAGAAGUUGUGUCGAUAAGUUCAAGGGGAUUAGAGCUCCAGCCACAAUGAUUGAGGUGGUUUGCAACGACCAUCUAGGAAAGAAAGUCCGCGUCAAGUGCAACACCAAUGACACUAUCAGGGACUUGAAGAAACCGAUAGCGGCCCAAACUGGCACCCGUUGGAAUACGAUCGUUCUUAAAAAGUGGUACACAAUUUUUAAGGACCAAGUGUCUCUGGGAGAUUAUGAAAUCCAUGAUGGGAUGAACCUGGAGCUUUAUUACCAAUAGACGGGAAUUCCUUCUCCUUGUCUACCCUGCCUUCCUCUCCCACCCUUGUUUGACACUGGUAUAGAUGCCCAUUUCUAAUGAUUCACAUGAAUAAAAACUUCAAUGCUGAAAAAAAAAAAAA